GCAAUAUUUUUAUAUCUAUUCUUUUCGUCUAUCUUGUCGAGUGCGGCGAGGACUUGUCUGAAUGUUAUAGUGCGAUUGGAAAAGUAUCCAAGUUGUUGAUGAAUUUGUUAUCAUUUGGAACAACCUCCUGAUAUUAUGCCGUGUUACAUAAAAUAAAAUAGUGCUGUGUUUAUUUUUUUACGAAGCUCGCCAUUAUUGACAAUCAGUUGUGAGUAGAUCAUAGUAUUUACUAUAUUUUCAUAAAGUGCUUCACAAUGUGUUCAAUGGAUGACUACUAAAGUGAAAUAAAUAGAAGCGGUGAUUAUAUUUCCUCAGGGGAGCUUGUAGUGAAUGCAGUGCCUGAUCGCACAACGAGUAGACCGCGCCGCCUAGCCGCCAUUUUACAAGGCGGCGCGGCGCAAGAGUAGCGGACGGAGUUGUUGAAACCUGGAGCCGACCAGAGUUUUAAAGGUGCGGUGGGCGCGGCGACACAAUGGACGACGGUGGCAGCAACAAGCAGAGACAAGCGACACGCGUAUUCAAGAAGAGCUCUCCCAAUGGAAAGAUAACAGUGUAUUUAGGAAAACGAGAUUUCGUAGACCACAUCACACACGUAGACCCGAUUGAUGGCGUUGUUCUCAUAGACCCAGAGUACGUCAAAGAUCGAAAAGUCUUUGGCCAUGUGCUGGCCGCGUUCCGCUAUGGGCGAGAGGACUUGGACGUUCUAGGUUUGACCUUUCGCAAGGACCUGUACCUGGCUGCUGAACAGAUAUACCCGCCCACGAACACGCAGAAGCGGCCGCUGACCCGGCUGCAGGAGCGGCUGGUGCGCAAGCUGGGCCCGUCCGCGCACCCGUUCUACUUCGAGCUGCCGCCGCACUGCCCCGCCUCCGUCACGCUGCAGCCCGCGCCGGGGGACACGGGCAAGCCGUGCGGCGUGGACUACGAGCUGAAGGCGUUCGUCGCCGAUCUGCAAGAUGACAAGCCGCACAAGAGAAACUCAGUACGCCUCGCAAUUAGGAAGAUAAUGUACGCGCCGAGCAAGCAAGGGGAGCAGCCGUCCGUCGAAGUGUCCAAGGAGUUCAUGAUGAGCCCCAACAAAUUGUAUUUGGAAGCGUCUUUAGACAAGGAACUAUACCACCACGGCGAGAACAUUGCCGUGAACGUGCACAUAGCCAACAACUCCAACCGCUCCGUGAAGCGGAUUAAAGUCUCCGUGCGGCAGUUUGCGGACAUCUGCCUGUUUUCGACCGCGCAGUAUAAGUGCACCGUCGCCGAGGCGGAGAGCGAGCAAAGCAUGGGAAGAGAUUUUGAAAUGCCGUUUAUCGGAUUAUUCAGUAAGAAUAAGAAAUAUAAGCCUGUAGAAGGCUGUCCCGUGGGUCCAGGGUUCACGCUGAGCAAGGUGUUCACACUAACACCUCUUUUGGCCAAUAAUAAGGACAAAUGGGGUCUAGCACUUGAUGGCCAACUGAAGCAUGAAGACACUAAUCUCGCUUCAAGCACAUUGAUAGCGGAUCCUUCGCAGCGCGAGAACCUUGGAAUUAUUGUACAGUACAAAGUAAAGGUCAAAUUGUGUUUGGGACCACUGGGAGGCGACCUGAGCGCGGAGCUGCCGUUCAUCCUGAUGCACCCGAAGCCGGAGGAGGAGCCGCGCGCCGCGCCCGACCCCGCGCCCGCCGACCACGACCUCAUACAGCUCGACCCGCACCCAAACGAAAAUGGGCAAGAACAAGACGACGACAUAAUCUUCGAAGACUUCGCCCGCCUCAGGCUGAAAGGCGCGGACGCUGAUGCUUGAACAUUAUGCUAACAGCGCUCUCUUAAUGAACUACAUUCUACAUUUUGUUAUACCAAACGCACAAUUGUAUCAUAAUUAAUGUUUUUUUAUAAAUGGCAACAUUGUUUUAUGUUCCAUCGAAUGAUCGUACUACAGAAAUAUUCAGUGUUACCAUCCUUAGAGAAAAGUAUUAUAAUCUGUGUUAAAAUAUAUAUGGUAAAAUCAUGUACUCGCAUAUACGGUCGAUGAUUAAUAUUUAUUUCAAAGUUUUAUAUGAACGGCAAUGUUCAAUUAACCCCGUAUAUCUCCGACCAACUAAACGACCUCCAUAUUUUUUUUUUGUAUAAAUAACGAUAUCAAUUACGAAUUGUGGUAAAAACAUUACCUAUUUACCUAUGCGAGUUAAAUAUUUAAUUUAAGGCGUUUGGAUUUUUCAAACGAUAGAAAAAACCAAGUAUUUUUAUAAUCUAUGGAUAGCAAAGAUAAUUUUUUAAACGAAACAUUUAGAAUUCCAUGUAGUUUAUUAGGCGAGCGUCUGUGCCCUAAAUAGAUGCGUAAUUGUUAAUGCAAACAGGAACAAACUUAGAUCCCCUGUACAGUGUAUAGAGUAUUUGUCUAUUACGCUAUUUUUAAUAUCAAAUAUUAUUUGUAUAUUUUUAUUUGUAAUGCACUGCAAUAGAGUGGAAGAAAGUUACGGUUUUUCCUUCGUUAGAUGAUUGUUUAACUUCGUGCAUACAAGCGUUUUUACUUGACCCCUAUGCACGAAGUAUUAGGUAUUUUCAAAUUAUUAUUAAAUUUAAAAAAUAUUUAAUGUAUAUUGAAUGUGUUUAUUUGUAAUUGUAGCUUUAUCAUUAUACGAGUACAAGUUUAGUUAAUAAUUUUAAAUGUAUUUUUUUAUUCAUCUGUCAUUGGCCAAUCAUUCAUUUCUUAUAGGUAUAGUACAAUGUUUUGGUAAUGUGCAUUUAAUAGAAUAAAUGUGUUUUGUACCUCAAUGUAAUUUACUUUAUCGAAGUAGUCGUGUUAUAUAGUUCUUUAUUGUUAAUGUUGGUGAAUUGAAUUAUAUUGAACAAAAUCAAUAACAUAAUAGUAUAUUUUAUUACAUACAUUAUGAGAUAGUGAUCCUAAUAAGGCGAUUAAUUAAAAGUAAGACAUAUACUGCCGCGGUACUACGGCUUUCGACAUAGAUUCAUUAAGAGUACUAAAUAUUGUCUGUCGUUGAAUAUUAAAAUAGCGAGCCCGUUUAGAAAUACGACAUAUUACCAGCGACUUUCUUAACCAGUCAAAUUUAUUUAAUGUGGGUGAACUCAAUUUAUGAUCUUGUAUUGAGUUGAGGUUAUCGUAAUUUAUACUUAAAAUAAAACAUAUUAAAAA